CGGCAUCCGGGCCGGGACUCGGGGCGGCGGGCGGCUCUCGGGGCUGGGAUGCGCCGGGGGCGCCGUGGCGGCGGCGUCGGCGGCGGCCGGGGGACGAGCUAGCGCCGCGGCGCGGGGAGCCAGUCGAGCCCGGCCGGCGAGCGGAGGCGGCGGCGCAGGCAGAGCGGCGGCCGCAGUCGGAGCCGGAGCCCGAGCGCCGCGCGCCCACCAUGGCCGCCCAGGGCGAGCCCGGCUACCUGGCGGCGCAGUCGGACCCGGGCUCCAACAGCGAGCGCAGCACUGACUCGCCCAUGCCCGGCUCCGAGGACGACCUGGUCGCCGGGGCGCCCCUGCAUAGCCCCGAGUGGAGCGAGGAGCGCUUCCGCGUGGACAGGAAGAAACUUGAGGCCAUGUUACAAGCUGCUGCUGAAGGAAAAGGCAAAAGUGGGGAAGACUUUUUUCAGAAGAUCAUGGAGGAAACAAAUACGCAGAUUGCUUGGCCAUCAAAACUGAAGAUCGGAGCCAAAUCCAAGAAAGAUCCCCAUAUUAAGGUUUCUGGAAAGAAAGAAGAUGUUAAGGAGGCCAAGGAAAUGAUCAUGUCUGUCUUAGACACAAAAAGCAAUCGAGUCACCUUGAAGAUGGAUGUUUCACAUACAGAACAUUCCCAUGUAAUCGGCAAAGGUGGCAACAAUAUUAAAAAAGUGAUGGAAGAAACAGGAUGCCACAUCCACUUUCCAGAUUCCAACAGGAAUAACCAAGCAGAAAAAAGCAACCAGGUAUCUAUAGCAGGACAACCAGCAGGAGUAGAAUCUGCCCGAGUUAGAAUUCGGGAGCUGCUUCCUUUGGUGCUGAUGUUUGAGCUACCAAUCGCUGGGAUUCUUCAACCAGUUCCCGAUCCUAACUCCCCCUCGAUUCAGCACAUAUCACAAACGUACAACAUUUCAGUGUCAUUUAAGCAGCGUUCUCGAAUGUAUGGUGCUACUGUGAUAGUACGAGGAUCUCAGAAUAACACGAGUGCUGUGAAGGAAGGAACUGCUAUGCUGUUGGAACAUCUCGCUGGGAGCUUGGCAUCAGCUAUUCCUGUGAGCACACAACUAGAUAUUGCAGCUCAACAUCAUCUCUUUAUGAUGGGUCGAAAUGGAAGCAACAUCAAACAUAUCAUGCAAAGAACAGGUGCUCAGAUCCACUUUCCUGACCCCAGUAAUCCACAAAAGAAAUCCACCGUCUACCUCCAGGGCACCAUUGAGUCUGUCUGUCUUGCAAGGCAAUAUCUCAUGGGUUGUCUUCCCCUUGUGUUGAUGUUUGAUAUGAAGGAAGAAAUUGAAGUUGAUCCACAGUUCAUUGCUCAGUUGAUGGAACAGCUCGAUGUCUUCAUCAGUAUUAAACCAAAGCCGAAACAACCAAGCAAGUCUGUGAUUGUGAAAAGUGUUGAGAGAAAUGCCUUAAAUAUGUAUGAAGCAAGGAAAUGUCUCCUCGGACUUGAAAGCAGUGGGGUUACCAUAGCAACCAGCCCGUCCCCAGCAUCCUGCCCUGCCGGCCUGGCAUGUCCCAGCCUGGACAUCUUAGCUUCAGCAGGCCUUGGACUCACUGGACUAGGUCUUUUGGGGCCUACCACCUUAUCUCUAAACACAUCAACAACCCCAAACUCACUCUUGAAUGCUCUUAAUAGCUCAGUCAGUCCUUUGCAAAGUCCAAGUUCUGGCACCCCCAGCCCCACGUUAUGGGCACCCCCACUUGCUAACACUUCAAGUGCCACAGGUUUUUCUGCUAUACCACACCUUAUGAUUCCAUCUACUGCCCAAGCCACGUUAACUAAUAUUUUGUUGUCUGGUGUACCCACCUACGGGCACACAGCUCCGUCGCCCCCUCCUGGCUUGACUCCUGUUGAUGUCCAUGUCAACAGUAUGCAGACAGAAGGCAAAAAAAUCUCUGCUUCUUUAAAUGGACAUGCACAGUCUCCGAAUAUAAAAUAUGGUGCAAUAUCCACUUCAUCACUUGGAGAAAAAGUACUGAGUGGGAAUCACAGUGAUCCAUCUAGACAGACAACUGGACCUGAGCAGGCAUCUCCCAAAUCAAACCCUGUGGAAGGUUGUAACGAUGCUUUUGUUGAAGUAGGCAUGCCUCGAAGUCCUUCCCAUUCUGGGAAUGCUGGUGACUUGAAACAGAUGAUGGGUCCCUCCAAAGUUUCCUGUGCCAAGAGGCAGACAGUAGAACUGUUGCAGGGCACAAAAAACUCACACUUACACAGCACUGACAGGUUGCUCUCUGACGCCGAGCUGAGUGCUGCAGAAAGCCCUUUGGCUGACAAGAAGGCUCCCGGAAGUGAGCGGGCUGCAGAGAGGGCCGCAGCUGCCCAGCAAAACUCCGAAAGGGCUCGCCUAGCCCCGCGGCCAUCGUAUGUCAACAUGCAGGCAUUUGACUAUGAACAAAAGAAGCUAUUAGCAACCAAAGCUAUGUUAAAGAAACCAGUGGUGACGGAAGUCAGAACACCCACAAAUACCUGGAGUGGCCUCGGGUUUUCUAAAUCCAUGCCAGCUGAAACUAUAAAGGAGCUGAGAAGGGCCAACCAUGUGUCCUAUAAGCCCACAAUGACAACCACUUUUGAGGGCUCAUCAAUGUCCCUCUCGAGGUCCAACAGUCGUGAACACUUGGGAAGUGGAAGUGAAUCUGAUAACUGGAGGGACCGAAAUGGAAUAGGACCCCCGAGUCCUAGUGAAUUUGCAGCUUCGGUUGGCAGCCCCAAACGUAAACAAAACAAAUCAAGCCUGUCUCUCCUUUGCCUUCCAGCGGAGCACUAUCUCAGCAGCAGCAAUUACAUGGACUGCAUUUCUUCGCUGACAGGAAGCAAUGGCUGUAACUUGAACAGCUCUUUCAAAGGCUCUGACCUCCCUGAGCUCUUUAGCAAACUGGGCCUGGGCAAAUACACAGACGUCUUCCAGCAACAAGAGAUCGAUCUUCAAACAUUCCUCACUCUCACAGAUCAGGAUCUGAAGGAGCUGGGAAUUACGACUUUUGGUGCCAGGAGGAAAAUGCUGCUUGCAAUCUCAGUUUGUGACUCUGUUCAGACCCGCAACAAGAUCCUGAGAGCUGCCAGGAUUGUGUGAACCUUGGAAUUUCAAAGAAAAAGAACUAAAUAAAAAUCGAAGAAAACUUUUUGAACCACCAAGUGCACGCACCUCUUUCCUGGAAGGCGGAGCAAGUGGGAGGCUACCCCGUCAGUAUCACUCACACAUUGCUAGUGUCAGUGGCCGCUGGUAGCAACACCUACCCUCCCGGCAUGCACCCGCCAGUCAAGUUGGACACACGAGAUCUGUGAACAGCCUUCACUGCACACCGUCCUCAGCACUCUGGGUGUCUGGGAUCAGGACCAAAGCAUCUUAUUCACACCUGAACUUUGCGCCAAAAAGGGACAAAAGAGAGAAGAUGAUCUUAGGUCAUCAUACAGAAUGCCACAUUUGGAUGACUUUUUUUUUUUAAUGGCAAUCGGACAGAACUUGCAAUCUGAGGGUAGGGCUUUAUUUCCUGUUUUUAUUUACCUAAAUAACAUAUGCACUGAUUUUUUACUUAAAAUGAAGGAUUAAUUGACAUCUGGGAGGCCAGAAAACUUAGAGGUUCUUUUGUUUGCUUGUUUUGUUUAGGGAUUUGGGGAUUUUUUUAAAAAUAAUCAAAAUGGAAUUUACUGCUUUAAAAUAAUUAUUGAGGUCUUUCAGCACUUUACACUUUCUAAUAUCUUGUCCUGUGGAAAUUAUCUCUCUUUCUCUCAAUUUUCAUGUCACCUGAUGUAUUGGUACAAAUCAGAUUUAGUUAUACUUUUCUAUCAAAUUUUUAUUUAAAAUGGUACUGGAUUAUUAGUUUUGUGCAGAAUAUUCUGACUUUGAGAAAUGUAAGUGACUCCCCCUUGGUUCUGGACCAGUUCUGUUCAUUUAUGUCAACAUCCUAGAAAUAAUUAGCAAUGAACCUAUUUCACAUAACAGGUGCAAAGAAAGACCAGAUGGACUUUGCAAUAUUAACCCUUUGCAGUCAUCAUAUUUAGCUGCUGCCUGUAUUGCUAAAAUGAUUUUAAUGGUUGUCUGAAGGCAAAGGGCUAUUCUUUAGUAUACUGCCACUAAAGGACACUUAUUUAUUUUAUAUCAAACUUUUAUUUUUAGAUAUUAUAAGCAUACAGUACAUAACUGAUUAAAUUGAUAUCUACUAGAGAUUUAUGGUAGAGAAUGGACGGCAUUCAAUAACUGGAGCCCUAGAUUGUCAUUUUAUUUAAAAAAAGACAAAUAAUCAUCUGACAAGACAGCACUGUUGCCAUUAAGAGGAGAAAUAGAUUACUAUCCUUAUCAUGUACACUCUAUCUGUGCUCCAUAUGGUCACAGGACUUUAAAAACCAUAUCUGUCUGCUUGAAGUUGACUUGUGUUUGCUGGGAACAGAAAGGCUUUAUUUGAGUUUCCAGGGUGACAGUUUAUAAAACAGCUGAGUUCCAAAGGAAGACCAAAAAAAAAAAAAAAAAAAAAAAACCUAUUUUCCAAGUGACUAGACUCAUUGUUACUAUCUUAUACUGUGAAAGUCCAAGAAAUCAGGCAACAUUGUUUCCUAGGUCUUUCCGUACAUCUUAUUAUAGAUUUAUGAAGGGUUUUCAAUCCAUGAAGAAAAUCACUAAGUGCCUCUCUUUCUUCAAGGCAAUAUUAUUUCCAAGUGUAUUAAUUUGUUGGAAAACUUUCCCAUAGGAAAUGUUCUGAAUUACCUGUACUGUAAUGACUUAUUUAUGUUCAGUAUUCAAGACUCUCUACAUGGACAUAAACCACUGUCGCACAUUCUCAGCAGAAGGCAUGACAUCAGCAUACAUAACAAUUGGGGACUUUGAUACAAAUGUGAGAUUAGAAAGAUUCGCCAGACAUUUUUCCAUGACUAAGUCUUACCGUUAAAGUAAAAAAAGAGUUGAAGAGAAAUUUUGCACACAGAAAAAAUUUCACUUUAAAAAAUAAUAUGGUAACCUGGAAGGCAUAGAUAAUGGGCCUGUCAUAAAAUUAUAUCAGUUAUGAAGGCACGAAGGAGAUGCCCAUUCCUAAACUAAAUCUUGCGUGCUUAGGUGUGAGAACCAAGUUGCUCCUUUUGCAAGUACAACAGAAUCAUCUUGUGCACAUGUCCCAUGUAUACAUAUCACCUGGAGCUCCCUGCCUUACAUGGCUGUAUGAACACAUCAUGCUCCACAGUCAGCACAGGGUAAGAAUUCGGAUUUGUUUCCUGUUCCACUCAGUGCUGUAAAUUUCAUUUCUUUAAUAAGACCUUCCCAAAUUAGGAAACAACAACAACAAUCAUUUAGAGCUCUUUCCCCAGCUCUCUCUGAUGCAGUUGUAACAGAAGAUGGAAUGAAUUUGCAGUAUUAAGUUGAUACAGGUUUUAUGAACAGUGCUUUGAUACUAUGCCAAAGAGAAAACUGUCCCAAUUAAACUAGAUUAAAUAGGGUGGCUAAAAAUAAAUAAAAACACUGGAAAUUACUUUUCUCAUUUUCUCUUGAUGCAAUGAAGGGAAUAUGACACUACAGUAUAUGGUGUUGUCAGUGUUGUAUGAUGCACAAAAUAUUUGGAUUAUUUGAAUAAAUGUUAGUUUUUAAUCAAUCUGUGCCUUAAUAGUGACCGGUUAUCUGUAAAUAGAGAACAGAUACAGAUUGUAUUUUUGUGGGGAUUUUUUUGUCCUUUUAGUGAUUUUUUUUUUAAAUGCGAGAUGGAAUUAAGCAUUGAAAAUGGGAAUUUUUUCUAAACUAAUCAAUUGUUAUAUGAAAAAUAAAUUUAUAUAACCCCUUUGUAUUGCCCUUGCUAGAUGAAAUGUGUCUUUUUUUUUUGAAAAAAAAAUUUUUACAUAAACCUAUGCCUUUGUUUUCUAAGAAAACUCCUCUUAUUUUUUGCCAUUUUCAGCAGAAUUGGAAGAUGUCUCUGCAGUAGAAUUGAGCGUGCAUUCUCUCUCCUGUUGUUUUGCAUUGGCCUCAUAUUCAUUCAGAAGCUAAGGCACUUUAUUUUAGCCAGUGAGUUCAGGACCAGUAAUCAAUCAUUGUUUCUCUGGCCACCCAUAGGUAUAUACCAAAAGAGUAAGAUUACACGUUUUAUUCUUGUUCUUUCUUUGUUUUAUAAAGAAUCAAGUGUGGGGCGCCUGGGUGGCUCAGUUGGUUAAGUGUCUGCCUUCGGCUCAGGUCAUGAUCCCGGGGUCCUGGGAUCGAGUCCCGCAUCAGGCUCCCUGCUCUGUGGGGAGCCUGCUUCUCCCUCUCCUCCCCACUUGUGCUCUCUAUCUCACUGUCUCUGUCUCUCUCAAAUAAAUAAAAUCUAAAAAAAAAAAAAAUUAUAAAGAACCAAGUGUAUGACUACUUUGACAACCUCAUCCGUCAGCUCUUUACUAAAGUUACGCUGGGCUUCUUGACCCAGGUUCCUGUUUCAGAGACCAUCGUGCUGUCACACUGAACACUCACUGUGCCUUCUGCUGAGAUUCUGUCUGAACUCAUUUUCAAAUGGAAUUAAUAUCAUACUACUAAUCCUGAGAUUUGUUAAAUCUCAAGGAAACCCUAACCUUCCACUUACUAUGCUUCCAGAAAUACCUCCACUUGAAUUACCUGUGCCAGUGGUUCUUUAAAAAUGUUUCUAGCACAAGAAUUCUUUAGAUAACUGAAAUAUUACCUAUAAACCCAAAAUUAAGUUAUUCAUUUGCUCAUUUUUCUGUAAGUACAUAGGGCUUAGUAAGUACCAGGCCCUGUUCUAGGAGCAUCAGUGAAUGGAACAUAAACCCUUGCCCUCGCUAUUCUUACAUUAGGAAUGGAAAACCGUAAGUGUCCGACUCUUGGUUUCAGCUCAGGUCAUGAUCUCAGGGUCGUGGGAUGGAGUCCCACGUUGGGCUCUGUGCUGAGUGGAGUGUGGAUUCUGCUUAGGUUUCUCAAUCCCCCUUCCCCUCCUCUAUGUGCCACUCUGCCUGCUUGUGCUGUCAAAUAAAUAAGUCUUUAAAAAAAAUAAAUAAAAAUGCAAAAAAGAGGCAAAGAAGGUCAUUAUAUAAUGAUGUAGGGGUCAAUCCACAUGAAGAUAAAACAAUUGUGAAUGUUUAUGCACCCAAAUAGGAGCACCUAAAUAUAUAAAGCAAAAACUAACAGAGCUAAAAAGAGAAAUAGCAAUACAGUAAUAGUUGGGGACUUUAAUACCCCACUCUCAAUGGAUAGAUCAGACAGAGAAUCAGUAAGGAAACUGGAUUUGAACAACAGUAUAGACCAAAAGGACCUAACAGAUAUAUUCAGAACAUUCUAUCCAAUGACAGGAGAACAUACAUUCUUCUCAAGCACACAUGGAAACGUUUCUUAGAAUAGACCAUAUGUCAAGGCACAAAACAAGUCUUAACAAAUUCAAGAAAAAUGAAAUCAUACUAAGUAUCUUCUCUGAUUACAAUAAAAUCAAAAAGAAGAGAAAAACUGGAAAAUUCAUGAAUUUGUGGAAAUUAACUUCAUCUUGAACAACAAAUGAAUCGAAGAAAUUAAAAGGGAAAUAACAAUAUCUUGAGACAAACAAAAAUGGAAACACAAUAUGCAAAAUUUACAGUAUGCAGCAAAAGCAGUUCUCAGAAGAUAAUAGUAAUAAAUGCCUACACUAAGAAGCAAGAAAGAUCCUAAAUAAAAAACCUAAUUCUAGGCUUUAAGGAACUAGAAAGUGAAGAACAAAUUGAGCCCAUAGUUAGCAGAAGGAAGGAAAUAUUAAAAGAGGAGAGAUAAGAGAAAUAGAGAACAGGAAAAAAAUAGGAAAGAUUGACUAAGAGUUCUUUGAAAAGAUAGAUACAUUGACAAACCUUUAGCUGGACUAAGCAAAAAAAAAGAGGUCCAAAUCAACAAAAUGAUAAAUGAAAAAGGAGAUAUUACAACUGACACUACAGAAAUAAAAAGAAUCAUAAGAGGCUAUUAUGAACAACUAUACCCCAGCAAAUUGGACAAUCUAGAAAAAAUGGAAAAGUUCUUAGAAAUAUAUAAACUACCAAGACUGAAUCAAGAAGAAAUAGAAAAUUAGAAUAGACUAAUUACCAGUAAGGAAUAAUAAAAAAUCUCCCAAUGAAGAAAAGCCCAGGAUCAACAGCUUCACUGGUGAAUUUUACCAAAUAUUUAAAGAAUUAGUGCCAAUCUUUAUCCUUCUCAAGCUGUUCCAAAAAUCAAAGAGGAGGGAACACUACCAGACUGAUUUUACAAGGUCAGCACUACAUGAUACCAAAGCCAGAAAAGGAAACUCCCCAAAAGAAAAAUUCAGACCAACAUUCUAAUGAAUGUACAUGGCAAAAUUUUUCAAUAAAAUACUAGCAAACUCAAUUCAGCAGCAUAAUUAAAGGUUCAGUCACCAUGAUCAAGUGUGAUUUAUACCUGGGAUUCAAGAAUAGUUCAAAAUAUGCAAAUCAAUCAAUAUGAUACAUCACAUUAAUUAAAUGAAGGAAAAACCCAUAUAAUCAUUUCAAUAGACGCAGAAAUAGCAUUUGACAAAAUUCAACACUGAUGAUAGAAAUUCAACAAAUUACAUGUAAAAGGAACAUACUUCUAAAUAAUAAAGGUCAUUUAUCAUAGCAUCAUACUGGCAUCAAACCCAAUGGUGAAAGGUUGAAAGCUUUUCCUUUAGAAUCAGGAACAAGACUAGAGUGCCCACUUGCACCACUCCUAGUCAACAAAGUACUAGAAGUCUUUGUCAAAGCAAUCAGGCAAGAAAAAAGAAAUAAAAAGUAUCAGGAUUGGAAAGGAAGAAAUAAAAUUGUCUCUAUUUACAGAUGAAAUGAUUUUGUAUUUAGAAAAUCCUAAAGACCACCCAAAACUUAGAUCUGAUCAAUGAAUUCAAUAAAAUUGCAGGAUACAAAUUUCAUAUACAAAUACCGGUAGUGUUUCUAUAUACAUGCAACAAAUUAUCAAAAAAAUAACAUUAUCUUAUUUACAAUAGUAUCAAAAGCAAUAAAAUAUGUAGGAGUAAACAACCAAGGAUGUAAAACUCUACUCUGAGAACUACAGGUCACUGAUGAAGUCAAAGACACAAAUAAGUGGAAAGGUAUCCUGUGUUCAUGGGUUGGAAGAAUUAAUAUUGUUAAAUGUCGAUACUACCAAAAGACAUCCAUAGAUCCAAUUAAAUCCUUAUCAAGAUUCCAAUGGCAUUAUUUACAGAAGUAGAAAAAAAAAUCCAAAAAUUUAAAUGGAAUAACAAAAAAAACCCAAAAAGCCAAAGCAGUUCUGAGAAAACAAUACAGUGAGUGCCAUCACACUUUCUGAUUUCAAGCUAUACCAAAAAGCUAUAGUAAUCAAAACAGUAUGGUCCUGGAUAAAAACAUAAAUAUAGAUGAGUGGAACAGAACUGAGAGCCCAGAAAUAAACCUAAGCAUAUACAGUCAACUAAUAUUUAUAAGGAAACCAAAAAUACCCAGUGGAAAAUAGACAUUCUGUUUAAUAAAUAGUGCUUUAAAAAACUUGUUAUUCACAGUAAAGGAAUGAAACUAGACCCUUACAUUAUACCACUCACAAAAAUUAACUCAAAAUGGACUACAGACUUAAAUAUACGACCUAAGACCAUGAAACUCCCAAAAGGAAUCAUAGGAAAAAAGUUUGUUGGCAUGGGUCUUGGCAAUGAUUUUUUGGGAUAUGACACCUUUAUGUGUCAGCACAGCACAGCAACAAAACCAAAAAUAAACAAGUGGGACUAUAUUGAACUAAAAAGUUUCUCCACAGCAAAAGCAAAGUGAAAAGAAACCUACACGAUGGGAAAAAGUAUUUGCAAACCAUAUACCUGAUAAGAGGUUAAUAUUCAAUAUAUAUUAAGAACUCAUAUGACUCAAUAGCAAAGACCACCACUACCAUCAAAGAAUCCAAUUAAAAUAGGACAAAAGAUCUGAAUUCUUUUUCCAAAAAAGAUAUAUAAAUGGCCAACAGGUAUACAAGAUGCUCAACAUCUCUAGUCAUUAGGGAAAUGCAAAUCAAAAACUACAAUGAGAUGUCACUUCAUGUCUGUUAAAAUGUCCAUCUUCAAAAAGACAAAAGAUGACUUCCAUAAGAUGUCAGCAUAGGAAGACUCUGAACUCAACUCUUCCCACAGACACACCAAAUCUAUGGCUCAUUUCAUUCUGAAAGAGAACCGAAAAUUAGAUGAACUAUUUCUCUCCAAAAAAGGAUAAAAAGACCACAUUUAAAUAGAUAGGAGAGGCAGAGAUGCAAUGUCACCAAAAACCCCACCCCUGGUUUGGUGACACACAACAGGGAUGAUAUUACCAGUCUGGUGCUUCUCCCAGAGGAACAAGGGGUUGGUAU